AUAGAAAGGGAGGAGAUGACAGAAGGAGGAGAAGCUAAAAGGGAGGGCAGAGAUAAGAAGAGGAGGAAAAGGGUGAAAGAGGGAGGGCAGAGAUGAGAUGGGAGGUUUGUUGCAAAACAGCUCUCUGGAAGUGAUGACACCAACAGAAAAGCCUUCCAAUAACUUCCUAUGAGACCAACAGCAGCACCAGACACACAGUGGGGGAGGUAUACACAUGAGGCUGCUGUGCACUGGAGAUAUAAGACAUAGGAGGCUCAGCUAGAAAGAAGAUCCACAGCACAAAAGUUACACACAGGAGGAAGCGCAACACCCAGGCUGUAUUGCACAACAGUUGUACAAAGGAGGUGCCUGAGAGCUGAGAGGACACAUGAGGAGCGCUGCUGGAGAUAGCAGACAGGUCACAAGCUGCACAAAACCCCAUCUAAUAAAGAGGGGAUGCAUAGGAGAUGAUCUACAAGAGUAAAGCACAAGCUGCAUGGGGCAGAAAGAAUACAGGAAGAAAACAAGACGUCAGUCUAUAUAUAGAGGACACGCAGCUUCUAUCUACACAAAAGGAAGAAGCUAAAGUCUGAAGGAGCUGCACUACAUACAGGGUCAAAGAGAAGCACUUCUGGAAGGGCAUCGUCCCUCUGUGACUUCACCUCCUCCAGAGGUUCGCCUCUCCCACCUGGACGCCAAAUGAAUAUGAUGCGAGGACCAAACCCAGGACUGUACAGGAGUCCGCCAGGACCUUACCAGCGCCCGGGUAUGAUGCUCGGUGCCCGAAUACCACUACCGGGCAUGCCAGUUGGAUCUCCUAUGCUCCCCACAUAUGGACCAGGGUCCCCUAUGCGACCUGGUAUGAACUCUAUGUUGAUGGACUCAUUUAGAAAAAGGCUUUUGACUCCACAAGGACAUCCUUCUGUACCGAACCAGAGAAGGGGAAUGAAGAGAAGGAAAAUGGCCGAUAAGGUUUUACCACAGAGGAUCCGCGAGCUAGUCCCAGAGUCACAGGCAUAUAUGGACCUCUUGGCUUUUGAGCGGAAAUUGGAUCAGACAAUUGCCAGGAAGAGGAUGGAGAUCCAAGACGCCAUCAAGAAACCUCUUACUCAAAAGCGUAAACUAAGGAUCUAUAUUUCCAAUACUUUCACUCCGGCCAAACCGGACGGAGAGGAAGGAGAGAAAGUGAGCUCCUGGGAGCUGCGUGUUGAAGGGAAAUUGCUGGAAGAUCCCAGCAAACAGAAAAGGAAGUUCUCUUCAUUCUUUAAAAGUCUCGUCAUUGAGCUGGACAAAGACCUUUAUGGACCAGAUAAUCAUUUGGUGGAGUGGCACAGAAUGGCCACCACACAAGAGACCGAUGGGUUUCAGGUGAAGCGCCCAGGAGAUGUGAAUGUCAAGUGUACAUUACUUCUUAUGCUGGAUCAUCAGCCUCCCCAGUAUAAGUUGGACACCCGCCUGGCUCGCCUGUUGGGUGUUCACACUCAGACCCGUGCCAAUAUCAUGCAGGCUCUUUGGCUCUACAUUAAGAACAACAAGUUGCAAGACAGCCAUGAGAAGGAAUACAUCAACUGCAACCGCUACUUCAGGCAGAUCUUUAACUGUAUCCGAAUGAGAUUCUCAGACAUUCCCAUGAAGCUGGCAAGUCUCUUGCAGCACCCAGACCCCAUAAUAAUUAACCACACCAUUAGUGUGGAUCCAAAUGACCAGAAGAAGACAGCCUGUUAUGACAUUGAGGUUGAAGUGGAUGACCCUCUAAAGUCCCAAAUGAGUAACUUUCUUGCUUCCACUACAAACCAACAGGAGAUUGCCAGCCUAGAUGUCAAGAUUCAUGAGACAAUCGAAUCCAUCAACCAGCUGAAGACGCAGAGAGAUUUCAUGUUAAGCUUCAGCAAUGAUCCACAGGAAUUUAUCCAGGACUGGCUCAAAUCCCAAAGCAGAGACCUCAAGAUUAUGACAGAUAUGAUGGGAAAUCCCGAGGACGAAAGACGCUCCGAGUUCUACCAGCAACCGUGGGCUCAAGAAGCUGUGGGGAGACACAUCUACUUCAAGGUCCAGCAAAGGAGACAGGAACUUGAGCAGGUUCUGGGGAUUCGUCUCACCUAAACAGUCCCACAACAACUCAUAUAUAUACAUUCCAUGUGCCUAAUUGUUAUGUCCUAUACCUGUAAAUCUUUGUUAUGUACCCAGACACCUUGGAAUGACUGCGUGUCGGUUCUCAGGUACUAGAGGGAAAUGCUGCCUUCGUUUAUUUUUUAUUUUUAUAUAAAGGCUUUGCUUUAGACAAUCAACAAUGCCAUAACCUAAAAUCACACAUUACUCUCUUCUAGAUGUUUCAUUCCUGCUUUUCCACAGACACAGCAGCUUUUGGGGCAAAUGCACACCUUUAGGGUUUGGCCACACAUGGAGUAAAUGCUGUGGAUUCUACUCGGCGGAAUUGUGUGGAAAACUGCAGCAAUUUUAGCACAAGCAAAUUGCUGCAGAUGUAAAAAUCCCCUCCACACACAGAGAGCACCUACAGCGUCCCGCUUGCGCUACAGGUUUUCAAUCCAGAGCAUGUCAACUGUUGCUGGUUUUACCGGCAGCUUGCUGAAAGCAGUGGAAGAUCUGCUGCAGUUGUGCCACAAAAACCAGCCGCCAGAUCCGGAAUGCUAUGUGUCGCCAUACC